CCGCGAUGCCGAUCACCUCCUGCCGGAGCUCGGGGGCCAGGGACGCGCCGGCCGAGGUGUGAUCGGACCCCAGGCUGGCCACAAAGGGUACAGCAGCUUGGCCCGGUGGCUAGGAGAGCGAGGGGAGAGCGCGGCCACCCGCCUCGGCGGCCCGGGACUCGGCUCGACUCGCCGGAGAAUGCGCCCGGGGACGACGGAGCGCCUGAGCCGCGGUGGUUUCUACUGGCAAGCGCUAAUGGGGGUGCGCUGGAGUAAGGCAGAGUGAUGCGGGGGGGCAACUCGCCCGGCACCGAGAUUGCCGCUGCGCCCUUUCCCGGACCCGGCGUCGCCCAGGAUGGCUGCCCCGAACCAUGGGCCGCAGCGGAGCUAGCGCGGAGCGCCCGACCCUCGCCUCCCGAGUCCCGGAGCCGGUCCCGCGCGGAGCCACGCGUCCCGCGGGCGCUGGUUCCUAAGGACAACGACAGCACCAGCUUUUCCUUUCUCCCUUCCCUUCCCUGCCCCGCACUCCUCCCCCUGCUCGCAGUUGUUGUGUGUCAGCACUUGGCUGGAGACUUGUUGAACUUGCAGGGAGAAUAACUUGUGCUCCCCACUUCGUGCCGGUGCCUUUGCCCCAGUGGACCCAGCCGCACCGCCUCCGAACACGCCGGUCCUCUGCUUCUUCGCUGGCCCUACCCCGAGACGCCGUUCGCUGCGUGAGGACAGCGACUUCCCGGCCGGCACCCGGGGGGAGAGGGAGGAGGCAAAGGAAGGGAACUCGCUCCCCUCGCCAGGUCAUUCGGCCAGAGCUUUUUCCAUGUGGAGGCUCUUUCAAUGGACGUGUCCCCGCGUGCUUCUUAGACGGUCUGCGGUCUCCUAAAGGUCGACCAUGGUGGCCGGGACCCGCUGUCUUCUAGCGUUGCUGCUUCAGGUCCUCCUGGGCGGCGCGGCCGGCCUCAUUCCCGAGCUGGGCCGGAGGAAGUUCGCGGCGUCUACUGGCCGCUCUUCGACCCAGCCCUCGGACGACGUCCUGAGCGAGUUCGAGUUGCGGCUGCUUAGCAUGUUCGGCCUGAAGCAGAGACCCACCCCCAGCAGGGACGCCGUGGUCCCCCCCUACAUGCUAGAACUCUACCGCCGACACUCGGGCCAGCCCGGAGCGCCCGCUCCGGACCACCGGCUGGAGAGGGCAGCCAGCCUCGCCAACACUGUGCGCAGCUUCCACCACGAAGAAUCUUUGGAAGAACUGCCAGAAAUGAGUGGAAAAACAACCCGGCGAUUCUUCUUUAAUUUAACUUCCAUUCCCACCGAGGAGUUUAUCACCUCAGCCGAACUUCAGGUUUUUCGGGAACAGAUGCAGGAAACUUUGGAAAACAAUAGCAGUUUCCAUCACCGAAUUAAUAUUUAUGAAAUUAUAAAACCUGCAGCAACUAAAUCAAAGUUCCCCGUGACCAGGCUUUUGGACACCAGGUUGGUGAAUCAGAAUGCAAGCAGAUGGGAGAGCUUCGACGUCACCCCUGCUGUGAUGAGGUGGACUGCACAGGGACUCGCCAACCACGGAUUUGUGGUGGAAGUGGCCCACUUAGAGAACCAGGGUGUCUCCAAGAGACACGUUAGAAUUAGCAGGUCUUUGCACCAAGACGAGCACAGCUGGUCACAAAUAAGACCGUUGCUAGUAACUUUUGGCCAUGAUGGGAAAGGACAUCCUCUCCACAAAAGAGAAAAGCGUCAAGCAAAACACAAACAGCGCAAACGUCUUAAGUCCAGCUGUAAGAGACACCCUUUGUAUGUGGACUUUAGUGAUGUGGGGUGGAAUGACUGGAUCGUAGCCCCCCCAGGGUAUCAUGCCUUUUACUGCCAUGGGGAGUGCCCCUUUCCCCUGGCAGAUCACCUGAACUCCACUAAUCACGCCAUUGUUCAGACGUUGGUCAACUCAGUUAACUCUAAGAUUCCUAAGGCGUGCUGUGUCCCAACGGAACUGAGUGCUAUCUCCAUGCUGUACCUUGACGAAAAUGAAAAGGUUGUAUUAAAGAACUAUCAGGAUAUGGUUGUGGAGGGUUGCGGGUGUCGUUAGCACAGCAAAAUAAAAUAAAAAUAUAUAUAUAUAUUAUAUAUUUUAGAAAAAAAAGAAA